CUUCCGGUAGCGCGGAGCUUGUAAAACACCCUGGAGAGAAAAUGGCGGCGGCGACGGCGGCGGCUUCGGCGCCCCAGCAGCUCUCGGAUGAGGAGCUUUUCUCUCAGCUCCGCCGUUACGGCUUGUCUCCGGGUCCCGUGACGGAGAGCACCCGGCCGGUCUACCUUAAGAAGCUGAAGAAGCUUCGUGAGGAAGAGCAGCAGCAGCAGCACCGGGCGGGGGGCCGCGGCCACAAGACGCGGAACAGUAAUAACAAUAACACGGCGCUGGCCGCGGCGGGCUCAGCCGCAGCCCCGGCGGGGAUGGCGGGCCGGCCGGGCUCGGGGGACCUCGCGUACUUACGGACGCCCGCGGGCCUCGGCCGCCCGUCGGCCUCGGCUCCCGAGAGCCCCGGGGGAGGCUCCGGGGGCGCGGCGGCCGUCCCCGCGGCGGGCAGCAAAGUGCUGCUGGGCUUCAGCUCGGACGAGUCGGACGUGGAGGCCAGUCCGCGGGAGCCGGCGGGCGGCGGCGGCGCGCGGAGGGACCGGGCUGCGCUCCAGUCCCGCGGCGAGGGCACGAGCGGCCACUCGACCGAGCGGAGGAAGCCCCACUCGUGGUGGGGGGCGCGGAGGCCGGCGGGCCCCGAGCCGCAGCCCCCGGCGGGGACCGACGGAGCCGCGGAGGACGUGGACGAGGAGGGAGCGGACGGCGACGACAGGGACCUCGAGGCCGAGGAGCCGCUGUGGGCCGGCCGAGCCGUGAACGGCAGCCGGCUUCUCCCGUACAGCUGCCGGGAGCACUACUCAGACUCGGAGGAGGAGGAGGAGGAGGGGGACGGCGGCGGCGGCGACGUGGCCUCGGCCAGACAGGUAUUAAAGGAUGACUCCCUUUCCCGGCCUCGACCCAGACGGAGCCAUAGUAAGCCGUUCUCCGCGCUGACUGCUAAAUCGGGCGGCAGCCGGCCGGAGACUUCGGUUCAGGGAGGGGGAGGACUCGCGAUGAAUGACAGGGCGGCGGCCGCUGGGAGUCUAGACAGGAGCCGAAACCUCGAGGAGGCGGCGGCCGAGUCGGGAGGAGGAGGAGGAGGGUGCGAUCAAGUGGACUCCAUGCCUCGAUACCGUACCGGCGCGAAGAAGCUGGCCCCGCUCCUGUCGCCGCCGAGUCCCGACGUGGACUCAACCUUGGAAUCGCCCACGGGGCCCCGCCACAAAACCAAUAAUCACAUAGGCGGCGGGGCCCUCGGCGUGGAUUCUCCCAGUCUGUACGCCAACAGCCUCCCUCCCGGAGCGGCCGUCGCCGGCCCUGGGUCACUCAGGAUCAACCACGCCAACCACACUGGCUCCAAUCACACCUACCUGAAAAACGCCUACGGCAAGCCGAAGAAGCUGUGCGAGCCUGAAGAGGAACUUCUUCAGCAGUUUAAACGUGAGGAGGUGUCUCCGACGGGGAGUUUCAGUGCCCACUACUUGUCGAUGUUCCUCCUAACCGCUGCCUGCUUAUUUUUCCUAAUACUGGGACUGACUUACCUAGGAAUGAGAGGGACGGGAGUACCCGAGGACGGAGGACUCAUAAAAAACCCCUUUGAUGAGACAUUUGGAAAAAUACAAGAAAGUGAAAAAAAUCUUAUGAUGAGCACAUUGUACAAACUUCAUGAUCGAUUGGCCCAGAUUGCAGGAGAUCAUGAAUGUGGCAGUUCUAGUCAAAGGAUGCUUUCUGUCCAAGAAGCAGCUGCAUAUUUAAAAAAUUUAGGUCCUGAGUAUGAAGAUGUAUUUAAUACUUCAUUGCUGUGGAUUUUUAAAAAUGGGAAAGAUGUUGGAAUAAGGUGUGUUGGUUAUGGGCCAGAGGAAGACCUGGCAAAUGUAACUGAUGUGCAGUUUUUACAGUCCACCAGACCCCAGAUGUCAUUCUGGUGCCGUUUCCGGCGUGCUUUCAUUACUGUGACCCAUAGGCUAUUGUUGUUAUGUUUAGGUGUGGUGAUGGUCUGUGUUGUUCUCCGUUACAUGAAAUACCGCUGGACUAAGGAGGAAGAGGAAACAAGGCAGAUGUAUGAUAUGGUAGUAAAGAUUAUAGAUGUUUUACGAAGUCAUAAUGAAGCUUGCCAGGAAACUAAAGAUUUACAGCCUUACAUGCCUAUUCCACAUGUUCGAGAUUCCUUAAUACAGCCACAUGACAGGAAAAAGAUGAAGAAAGUCUGGGAUAGAGCUGUUGACUUCCUUGCUGCUAAUGAAUCUAGAGUGCGUACGGAGACUCGAAGAGUAGGCGGUGCAGACUUUCUCGUUUGGCGGUGGAUCCAGCCUUCUGCAGCUUGUGACAAGACAUUAGUUAUACCCUCUAAAGUAUGGCAAGGUCAAGCAUUUCACUUAGAUAGAAGAAAUUCACCACCAAAUAGUUUGACUCCGUGUUUAAAGAUCCGAAAUAUGUUUGACCCAGUUAUGGAAAUAGGAGACCACUGGCAUCUGGCGAUUCAAGAAGCAAUUUUAGAGAAGUGCAGCGAUAAUGACGGUAUUGUUCAUAUUGCGGUAGACAGAAACUCACGUGAGGGUUGUGUAUAUGUUAAAUGUUUGUCUCCAGAAUAUGCUGGGAAGGCUUUUAAAGCAUUGCAUGGCUCUUGGUUUGAUGGAAAAUUGGUUACAGUAAAAUACUUACGACUAGAUAGAUACCACCAUCGCUUUCCCCAGGCUCUCACUUGCAACACUCCCUUGAAGCCAUCAAAUAAACAUAUGAACUCUAUGUCUCACCUGCGCCUACGGACUGGCCUAGCUAAUUCUCAAGGAAGUUCCUGAAAAGAUGUCUUCACUCCUAGGACUGUUAAUUUAAAUAGGAAAAUUCCCAUUUGGCUUCCUGUCUUCCUUUUAAAAUGCUUUUUGUAUGUAAUAUUUUUAUUGCCGAAGACAGCUGUUUGAAAGUUCCUGAAAUCAUAAGGUUUCAAAGGGAUUUAGAAGUGAGGCAGCAAUUCUGAGUAGGUAGAAUAAUUGUUGUGUUCAGUUUGGGAAGCUCAGUUAAGCCAGUGCAUUUGAAGUUGUGCAUGAGGAGCACUGACUUGAUAUUAAGCGGUUCAGAGCUGGUGGUUAUAUUUUUGCACCAAGAAGUGUUCAGAUGACCACAUAAGAGCAUGGCAAAGCAGCUUUUUUUUUUGUAUUUCCAUAAUUUGUGAACUAAUGUGAAUUUUUGUAUACAGUAAGCUGCAUAGUUCCUUACAGGCUAUUGUGGCAAAACUGUUCAUUUCCCACUUUAACCUUAGGUUUCUAUUGCUUGUAAAAGGUUCAUUUGCUGCAGCUGGAAUAUGGGGAAACUUAAUUGGUUUUAAUGGUUACGUACACGUGUAAGUGGGUGUACAUGUGCUUACAUUGGCCUUUGUAUAUAUGUGUAAAUGCUGAUGGUAGUGAAAGCCUUGUUUUGUGAGAAUGUCUGCAUUAGCAGUAAAAUAAGCUUUCUAUUUUAUUCAUAAUCUAAUCUGUAUAUGUGUGUGUGUGUGUGUGUGUGUGUGUGUGUGUGUGUGUGUGUUCGUUCGUAGCUGUGUGCUUAUGUACAUAUGUACAUAUCCACACAGAUAUAUACAUAUGGCUGUAUAGUCAUAGAUGAUCAAGCAGCCUAAUACCUGGAAGUAUUAGAUACAUGUUUAAAAUAUCUUUUAUAGAUUUUAUAUAAAAAUACCUGAGUAUGGUUUUGUGUGGAAGUUCUGGCACCAGCUGUAAUGAGUUCAAAUUUGUGAGCAAUAAAGAAGCGAUUGGCAGAUACUGGAAAAUAUUUUGUGAAAAGCUGUAUUUAUUAUAAAUACUGGGACUAUGGCAGAACUAAAGGGAUUAAUGUCAUUUCCCAGUCUGUUUAUAGCUUAAAGAAAUGUUAGCUCCUGUUCUAUGUCCAGUGUAAAACAGGGUGCAUUGUUGCAGCAAAAUGUACUAGACAAAUUUUCCUUGGAAUGUUGGGCCAUGCAAGUCUGCAGUGUAGAUCGUGCACAAAUGACCGUUGGUUUGUGCCUCAGUGUUUAUUUCAGUAAAGCUACUUUAUUACUGUUUAUGAUUUCAGAUCAAAAUAGUUACGGAUCAGGGUUUACUUGUAACCUAAAAAUUGGCUUUUUGAAAAAUAACCUGCUGGAUAGAUCAUUGUUGGUCCAAGUGAAGAUGUGAAACAGCUGGAAUUACAAGAAUCUUAAUUUUUAUUUUAAGUUCAGUUUUCUUUUUGUUGUAUAUGUGUUGGGUUUGCAGCAUGAACUUGCACAGAUAAUGCACGUUUUCUGGUUAAGUAAACAUGAUGCACACUAUUCUGUAACAGAAAACCCCUGUGCCUUACCUGUGUGCUUUUGUGGGCACCAUGUUUAUGAAGAAUAAAUGAUUUGUUAUCAGAAGAGAAUAAAUUUUAAAUUCUCAAUCUAUGUCUCAGAUGCGAAUGUGUUAAAAUAUAAAUAUAUAUAUAUAAUAUAUAAAGUAACCAAUCUUUCUGUAUUUUAUGUGCAUCAUAGUGAUUUAUUUGAGCUUAGUGACACAAUCUUGUAACCUGUUGCAAGAGUGAAUGUAAAAUAUAGUUGUGGCAUUUAAACAGUCACCUUCUGAUGCGGAUGCAUCUUUUUGUGCUUCUAAGAUAUAUCUCAUGUAAACAUUGUACAUUUAUUACUGUAAUAUAUACUAUUAUGCAGCUUAUUUUACCUGGAACUCUUAAACCGACCAAGAGUCCUCCCUGUAAGACAGAUGGGAAUGUGUAUAAUAAUUAGGUAUUUGAAAAGCUCUGCUUUGAUGUAAUUUGUUUCUUGUUCUGUUUAAAAAAAGAAGGAAAACAUUCUAAUUAAAAUUUUAUUAGGUUUUUUAAAAACAAGCGUCUUUGUUUUAAAGAAA